GGAUUAUUUAAAAAACAAAAUCUAGUAAUUAUUAGCACUGAAUAGAUGAAAUUUCAUCUAUUCUUUGUAUCUACUAAUUACCAUUGCUUAAGGUUUCUUCUUUUAUGAAAAUGGACGACAACGAUUUGGAAGUACUUGAUUGUAAUGAAACACCCCGUGAAACACCAGAGCCAUCUGAACGGGCAUCAAAUAUUGCUGUAGACUUGGCUUUGAGCCCAGCUAGUGUGUUGGGCAGUCGUAGACCAUCGAUUGAUGGUAUGUCCAGCACUUGUACAUCACAGUCAGAAGUACGCUCAUUUAAAGAUCGUCUCAGAGAACACGUUAAUCAAGUCAAGGAAAGAGCUUCCAAUACUGUGGUAGUUGAACAAACCAAAAUCAAGGUUCAACAAAAUGUCAAACAGCCUGCUGAACGUUUAGCACAAUUGAUGAGUUCAGAAAAUCAGGCAGUUGCAGCUGCUUUAGAGAAACAUGAAAAGGAUAAGAUCACUAAAAAUGUGGUCAUAAACAAUGUGCUUGAGGUAGACCAUGAAAUUGAGGGUUACAAUUUUUUCACCAAAGUAUGGGAUCCUCCUUCCAAACCUGAUGAAAUCCACGAGAAAUCAGCUGAAUCUAGCGAUGCAGAAGUUGGUUUUUCCAACGAAGAAGAUAAAAAACUGGUCACAGAAGAUUAUUUAGGACUAACAGAUGGAGAGGAUGUCGAUGUUUUAGAUCAUUCGUUGGUACCAUUUUUGAGUACAUCUAUAAAAAUUAAAGAAGCAGCUGAAAAGAUUUAUUUUAUUCCAGAUGGAUCUCAAGUGGAUCUUGCGAAACGACUGAAUUCGAGACAACCGCGAUACCUAGAGAGAGAAGGACUUUAUGUUGGUACAUAUCCUCCAGUCUAUGAAAAAUGUCUAAAUAAACUUCAACAAAGACUCCUUAAAGCUAAUGAAUUACAUUGGUUUGGCGAAGACGGUGAACCAAUCAGGUUACCUGAUCCUUUAACUAGUCCAUCCUGCUGUAAUUUAUUAGACUCUACUGAAAACAAUGGGUUUUUGGACAUUAAAUACACAGACGCAAUUCCGUUUAAGAGCCCAUACAGUUUCAACAACAAUUUACAUGAUUCUAAAGAAAUAAAAUUUCUUUUAGAAUUAGAAAUUUCAAAAAUUCAGUUUAGUCAUCAUGCUCUUUUCAGUCGACAACAUGUUCUAGACAAGCAACUAUUACAACUGUAUUAUAAGUAUAAGUGUCGUCAAGAUAUCGCAAGAACAAAAAUGUUGUCUGGAAGGUUGGAGGCAUUACGUAAUGCUAAAGAUACUUUGGUUAAGGUCAUGUCAGAAGAAAAUAAUAAAGAUUUGCUGGAAAAUCAUGGAAAUCGUUUACUAAGAUAUAAAACAGAAAUUAAAGAAACUCGAGCCCAGAGAUUACUGGAAGGUAAAUCAGAUCGAUCUUUAGUAUCCAAUAUUUUGGAGACCUGGAGGGACUUGAAAAAAUUAAGAGAAAGGCAAGAGUACAUUGUUACUAGUACAAAGUUGGAAAUUAUUGUUGAUGACCAUGAUAAUACUGAGGAAUGGGAAACAGAGUUUAACAGGUUAGUAGCUGAGACUCUUGAAGAAAUGGGGGAGGAAAAUAUUGAAACCAAUAUUCCCAAAGUCCGAGAUCAAGUAUUUAGUAUUCUCUCAGAUUCAUUAAGAUCUCCAGGAGAACCAAUUAUUACAUUUAUUAUGUCUAAAAUUGAACCUACCCCCGAAGAUUCUAUUACUGCAAAAGAUGAGCUUCAACGAAGGUUGGCAUUGUCGAAACAAUCUAUUUGGUUUGAUGUGAUAUUCAAUGGUCAUAUAGUGUGUGAAUCUACUCCGUUACCGAUCAAUGACAGUUUUUCUGUUGAUGUUAAUCAGAAAUUUGUUGUUGAAAUUCAUCAGUGGCCUGAUACAUUAUCAUUAAACAUACAUUGUGAGAAUCUGAGUUCAAAAAAUAUGUUUACAAAAAAUCCCAUAGCAGAACUUUACAUACCUUUUCCAAUAAGCAAUACUACAUUAGAUAUUGUUGACAUGGAAAACUUGGAGUUCAGCUGUUUUGGCAAUCAGAACUUUCAAAAUGCUGGUGUUGGAAGUGGUGUGGAUUUUAAGGUAUUUCCAGAAGAUACGGAAAAUCAAUGUUUGUAUACAUCUGGUGAAGUUUUGUGUAAGGCUGGUUGGGGCACAUUUGGUGAUACAAUUUUAUGCCCCCCUGAAAAUUACUUUAACAGAAUCUAUUCACAAAAUACCAAUAUUUUGUCAACUAAAACGGAGAAGAUUUUGAGUUGGAUGAAUGAUUUGCAUCCAGAUCCUAACGAUCCAAAUAAUGUAUCAUUUUUUGAGGCUCUAAAAAGUGUUGAUGAAGAAAUGGUUUUUAAAAUGAAAUCAAAGUUUAGUGUUAAUAUUUAUAAAAAAAUAUUGGAAUUCUGUUCAGAAGAAGAAUUAGAUUCUAAUCCUAGACUAAAAUUAUUAAAAUUACGAGAUCGUGGAGAAAUAGAAUUUAGAAUGGCCAAAGCAGUACCAUUAAAAGAAUGGCUUAUACCAAAAGAUAUAUUUAAUGAAUUUGAAAAUCGUGUCGCAACUUCUGAGCUUGCACUGGAAGUUGCUGGUCUUGGGCCUUUGGAAACUAGUAGAAUCUGGGGGCGUUAUUCAGUUAUCAAACUAUAUGACAAGAUCCUCAAACAAUGCAAGCUUGGUAACAGAAAUAAAAUAACCAGAGACAUCAUCGUUGAAGACACUGUUCCUGACAUUGGAACCUUAGGUCUGACAUUUAUGAAAAUGUUUCAGCCGAAACGACCAUUACGUCCUAGAAGAAAAGAAAGAAAGAAAAUACCAGCUAAAAGCCUUUCAGGACAAGAAAUUAAAGUUGUUAUUAAUGUCAUGAGAGCAUUUGAGGUACCCGUGAGAAAAAACUCUGAUAAUAUGAUGAUGGGAGACAUAGCAAUGGUUCCAGUACAGCCGUUUAUUGAAAUAUCCUUUAAGAAUCAUACGAGUAGAACAACUACUGCUGAAGGUUCUAAUCCAACUUGGAACCAAGAUUUGCAACUUAUUGUGAGAUCAAAUUCAGUUGAUUUAUGCCCCAACGAUGUACAACCUAUUGAUGACUGCAUUCACAUAAAUAUGUAUGAUGAAAUUGUUAUUGAUAUAUUAGAAGAUGGUAGAACCCGAGAAACUAAUAUACAUCAACGUUUGGAGAGACAUUGGUUAGGAAGUUGCAUUAUACCCAUAUCAGCAUUAUUCAACAGCUCUCAAAUCGAGGGAAUAUUCCAAAUGAACACACCUAGACACCUUUUGGGAUAUGAAAGACUUGUGUCAAAUUCUGAGAGCUCUCAUUAUAGGAACUCAACUUUUCUGAGCUUAUUCAUUAUGGUCCAGCCGCCACUACACCAUCCUGAACCUAUCAAGGAGAGGUUGGACUGCAGUGAAUCGUUUAAUUUUGAGAGAUAUUUAGAGUAUUGGUCUGCAGAAGGAGCGAAACAGUUUCCCGGAAGGCCCGUAAAAACCUUGGUGAUACACUGUAGCGGUAAAUCCGUUUGUGUGACCAGAUUCUUUAGGCCGUUACCUCUCCCUGUGAUCUCCGAGGACGUGCUAAACACCACUGCCGAAAUGGUGGCCAGAUUCGUAUCGCUCAUACCGGUGGUAAACAGCAACGUUUUGCUCAUCGGCCGAUUUGAUGUCUGGUUGACGGGGGAUCAACUGUUGGGCUUACUGUUCGGUGGAGGUUCCGGUGUCGACCACGGUCUAUUGCUAUGCUGUUACUUCGCCAAGUUAAACAUCCGCUCUUGGCUGCUGCUGGGCACCGGCGUGUCCCGGGGUGAGGCUGCUUACGUGCUGACAUCGUGCCCUGUGCCUGACCAAUCGGGCUCCAGCCCUGUGUACGACGUCUGGGACCCGCUCACUGGUCAGAAGUACUCUACGUGUGACAGCUUUUCACCCGUACAGGAAGCGUACUGUCUGAUGAACGCUGAAAAUAUCUGGCUGAACGUACAGUACGAAAAAUCGGUUCCCAGGACCCGGUGGGACGUGACGCAGACCCGGGACUGGAACCCGGCUUUCGGCCGGUACCAGGCUGCGCCCACCGUGGCGGGUUCCGUGCAGCCGGACACGGUGGACUACACGCCGCCGGCCAUCGCGGACGCCCGCCUUCUUCAGGAAAAGCUGGAGACGACGUUGCGGAACGCGCUGAUGAAGUGGCGGGUCAAGUCCAAGACCGUCUGGAAUAGAUAUUGCGUAUCGGUGCUGCGAAAAAUCCUUCCAAACCUGGAGCGGGAGACGUGGAAUGGCGGAUACACGGCCGCCACCGCUGCGGAGAACGGUUACCUGGCCGAGUUGCAGCACUUGCUCGUCUCCCACAAGAUGUGUGGUUUUCCCAUCAACAGACCGUACAGCAACACCGAAGUAUUAGUAGACGCCAUACAGUCGACGGGCAUGCACCUUAAUGAAAGUCCGCUGGUGGAGUUCGCGCUAGCCGUUUAUGUGCACCCGUACCCGAAUCAAGUAUUGUCUGUUUGGAUCUACCUGGCGUCUCUGCAACCCAGGCGUUGAUCGCACUUACAGUUCGAAAAUCAUUAUCAUAACAUUAAUAUAUAUAAUAUAAAGACAAUAUUGUGACUUAUAUUUAUAACUAAUCGAAUAAUUAUGUUGCAUGUUCAUUGCUCAAACAAAAGUAUAAAGUACGAGGCCACUAGGGCCUCACCAACCCCCUGGGAGUGGGCAAGAUCAUCACCCAUUGGCACACGAUAAUCCACUUCAGGGGUUCGCGGCUCCCCCCGAUCAUAGGGCCCCCCUAUCAUAUUGAAGUUUAAUAUAUUCUGUAAUUCAAAAUAUUUGAAACAAAAUAUGUGUGGAGAUAAAUUAUCUAUAUAAAACUUAUAUUUUAAAUAAUAGAAAGUUUAAGUAUUUAAUUAUUAAUAAUAAUUUAUAAUUUCUUGGUUUUCACGGCAAUUACAUUAUGUGGAAGAUUAAAUAUACAAUUUUUUUUUUUUAUUUAAUAGAAUAAUAAACCAUUUUUUUGUCAAAAAUAUUGUUUUUUUUACAUAUAUAUAUGUAUACGAGUUAGAACGUUAUAACUUAUAGUAAAUGUUCAACAGUUCUAACUUGUACAAACGAUUUAAUUCACGAAACGAUAGGACUAUAAUAUAUUAUUCAUCGAUAUCCAUAUUAAUUAUAAUAGUUAAUAAGCGAUGACUUUUAGAUGAAUUCUCCCUUAUAUACAACACGAUUUUAUUUCGGUAUGUCUUGGGGUUAAUCUUUUUAAGGGGGACGAGGUGGCCGAGCGGUCUAACGCGACGGAUUCGGCACAGCCGGUCCGAGUUCGAUCCUCGACCAUUGGGCGGCAUUUUUCUCCGUGCAAGUCACGGUGUCCGGAGAACAAGUGCCGCCAUCCCCCCACCCGGGCAUGGCAGAUACCUACGGGUGUCCAAUCAAAAAUUCUGCCAAACAAAAACACACACGUGUUCCUCCCCCUACCGACUUAAUAACCUACAGUAAAACUAAAAAUAGCUAAUGGCCUCAGCUGCCGGGCUCAAGAUCAAUUAAAAAAAAAAAAAAUCUUUUUAAAUUUGCAUAUACUUACACAAAUAUGAUGACGGAAAGACAGAAGUUUCUUCGAGAGAGAAAAAAAAUUUGACUUUGUCUCUCGCCUCGUUAGAUACCUACGUUUAAUUCUAUAUGGCUAUAUGUAUAGGUACCGAUAAUACGCGUUUAAUUUAUCUUCUACUAUAGGUUAUUCAUUUAGCGAUACCAGAAUGAAGUUUAAAAUUAUAUAGCAUGAUAUCAAUCGACGUACCUAUAUAUAAGUGCGCAAAUCUGUAAAAAGCUCUAUUAUAUAUGGUAUUUGGAGGGGAAAAACUGAUCUGAUUAAAAAUAAAUAAAAAAAUAUAAACUGCAAUAUUCGCGCUGACGUUUGCGUGAUUAUUCGAAUUAAUAUAAUUAUAAAUACAUUCACGUGCAUCCAUAAAAAAAAAACCGUCGAUAAGGUAUAUAUAACAUGAUAUUAUA